AUGUACGCGCAACAAAUAUUGAGCGCCUUGGUACUGGCGGCUUGCGUGAACUCCGGUCCGAUCGGGCGGUCUGUGAAACCACAGAUCGGGGGAUCUCCGAGCAACGUCUGUGUCCUAAUCGACGGCGACGAUCCCUAUGUUCUCGACCCAUUCUACCGUCCCCAAUGCGCAUGUAACUGCAUAAAACAGGCAUGCAAACAAUCGGAUCCUGCUCAAACUGAAUUAUGCCUUCGUACGCCUUGGCCUAGCCCUAAUAAUACGGCUUUCCCUGAUACGCUGGUACGUUAUGGUGCUUGUGUUGGAUCCACGCAUUGUGUUGGAGGGUGA